AUGGCUCUCGUGUACUUGCCUGAUGAGGCUCUUCCAGAGAGUGGUGGGAAGUGGUGUAGUUGCCUAGUGAGGCUCACUAAGAGAGUGGUGGAAAGUGACAUUGUGUACUUGCCUGAUGAAGCUUUCUGGAGAGAGAUUAAGGAAAAACAGCUUCAAUGGAAAUUACCUUUACGGGUUAUCUUUUUUGAGUCUUUGCUGCGUUUCUUCAAUGGAAAUUUGUCAAUUUUUGAUUUUGAAUCUAUCAAGAAACUGNUGUCCUCUCCNAAGUUCACUUUCUGUUAUGAUGCACUUCAUGGGGUUGUUGGAGCAUAUGUAAAGAGUAUUUUUGUGGAUGAACUUGGAGCACAAAAAAGCUCUUUACUGAACUGUACACCUAAUGAAGACUUUGGAGGAGGACACCCAGACCCCAAUUUGACUUAUGCGAAAGAGUUGGUUGCUCGAUUGGGAUUGGGCAAAUCAGAACCACAAGAUGAGCCCCCAGNGUUUNGUGCUGCUGCUGAUGGUGAUGCAGAUCGCAACAUGAUACUUGGUAAAAGGUAG